CUUCCAUGACCGGGAACAGCGCACCGGAAAUAGAGAAUUAUUUCAAAAUGACACAAACACUCGCCCCAGAACACUCGUCGCUAGUGGGCAAGUUUGAUUUGGCCGCCGAUCUAAGUCCAGCAUGGACAUGGAAUACUAAGAACAUGAUGUUGAUGGUGAUUGUGGAAAUGCAAGAUGGCCAAACAGACAAUCAACUUAUGUUAUGGGACAAAAUUUUAACUAAAAGCAUGAGCAAGUUAGACAUUAAGAACAUAAUUGCAAAGUACCCGACGGGAAUUUCUGGAAAGAAAAAAAAUUUGGAAAUUGAUGUUCAUAUCAAGCUAGAUAUCAUUCCGUUCGUUGGCCCAAUACACACUAAAUCAUUUUACAACAUCACAAAAAAAAUAAUUCCCAGCAUUGACGAAUUAGAAUUUAUAGAUCUAAAAAAUUCGUCGAAAAAUCGACGAUUAUAGUAGUUCCCAGAUAGAGUCUUGAUUGUCCAUGUACCUCCCAGAGCAUGCUCCAAAAGACUGGACAGUGCUAAAUAAACCAAAAAAUUCUCGGCAACACACAUGCCUGAGCGCGUGGAGUACAUGUAACAUUAGAUGCACAUAUAGUACGUAUACAC